AUCACCUCCUCUAGGUAUGCCUCCGAACCCCACCUUUUAUAUCCAUCAGAUUACAUUUCACCAAACAUCUCACUUCUUUUGCUUCCUUCUCUAUCUCUGUAAGUUUGUUAUUUGUUGGUCGGAGAAUUUAUUGUAAAGCUUUGUCGGGAAGGAAAUGGGCAGGAAGUGCUCACAUUGUGGGAACAUAGGCCACAAUUCCAGGACCUGCACCACUUUCAGAGGCACAACUGGCGGCGGCGGACUUAGGCUCUUUGGUGUUCAGCUGCAACUCGACAUACCCUCUUCUUCGUUAUCGUCUGUUGCUGUUGCUGUUGCUGAGAAUUAUAUGAAGAAGAGUUUCAGCAUGGAUUGCUUGUCUUCUUCCUUGGCCUCGCUUUCUUCUUUGUCUUCCUCUCGAGUUUCUGUCGACGAAAAUUCUGAUAAAAUCUCCGUUGGUUAUCUUUCCGAUGGUCUCAUGGUCCGAUCUCCCGAGAGGAAAAAGGGAGUUCCAUGGACGGAGGAGGAGCACAGGAUAUUUCUAGUAGGGCUGGAGAAGCUAGGGAAAGGAGACUGGAGAGGCAUCUCUAGAAAGUUUGUUACUACAAGAACUCCGACACAAGUUGCAAGUCAUGCUCAAAAGUAUUUUCUCCGACAGGCGAGUCUCAACAAGAAGAACCGACGUUCUAGCCUGUUAGACAUGUUUAGAAGCAGUGGCAUGGCCGGAUCUCCUCCUAGUCUCACGAUUCCUCGAUUCGAUUCACAUAUGUCGGACGAUGAUUCACAGACGAGAACAUCGAAUGCGGGACAAUCCGAAUCUCCGAAAACAGCCCCCGAUCUCGAGCUCACGCUCGCCGCCCCAAGGCCGGGUUUAGAAGUAAACAAGUCAUCCCCAACAACCCUCCUUGUCAGACCUAUCAGUGUUACUUGAUAAAGAUGAAAGGAAGACAAUACUAUAGUAAUUAGCAGUAAUUAAUUAAUCAAUCAAUCAUAAUUAGUAGGAUCUUGCUUUCAUUCACUGUCCAUGAACUCAGUAUAAUUACAAUAUCUGAAUGGCUUAAAGUCA